AUGAAGGAAGUAAGAGAAGAGAAAUUAAACAUUUCUGAAGUUAAUAAAAACUUAUCAAAAGAGGUAAAUCGAUUAAAAUUAAAAAUUGAUGAUAUCCGUCAAAAAUCGCACGAAAAGAUGGCCAAGAUGUCUGGAAUACCUAAUUUCAAAGAUAAAGAUUGUGCUAAGAUUUAUGAGGAAAUUGGUUUCAAACUUAAUGUCAUUAUUCAAGUAGAAAAAGCUGCAAAAUUUCUACAAAAGACAGUAUUCAAAAAUACUUGUAUGGUUAAGUCUUAA